AGACAUAGAAACUUAAAUUUAUAAUAAACCUUAAGGCACUAAACCUGGACAGAUAUCAACCCUUUAAGCUAUCUUGUCUGCUUCUCAUCCAAAAUCUCAAAUACUUACACAUGUUCUACUUGUGGUACUUCUGCUCCACCAGGCCAGUCCUCAGAGCAAGCUGCUUUUGGCCAUGUGCUCCUGGUUACUCCAUGAUGACCUCCUGCCUCCUCUUCAUCUCUGUCCUGCUCCUUGUCCUUUUCAGAUCCCAAGCCUACAAAUCUUAGCUCUGUCUACCUCUCUUCUGCCCAGCCCAGGCUGUUGGCAAUUUUAUUAACUAAUCAGGGAUAAUUGAGGAGCAUUUGUUAUAUCACAUGGAUACAGGAGAUGGUUUAACAUUAUAACAUUGCAUGGGUCACGGGGGGUCACCAGAUCUCAGGGCACUGAAAUCAGCAUCUGAAAACACUGCACAAGACCCUCCUUCAACACUCCCUCCAAAUUAAUCUUUCUAUUCUAGUUUCCUCUUUACCUCUUUGUAACACUGAACUCUAUUUCCCAUUCCUUGGAAGACUCCCUCUUCCUCUCUGGGCCCUUACUAGGUACUUAACCUUUGUGAUUAUUUGGAUUGAAGCACAUGUAUCAAAAAGCUACAGAAUUCUACAAGAUCUUCAAAGAAGAGCUAAUGCCAAUACUCUUCAAACUGUUCCACAAAAUAGAAACAGAAAGAACAUUACCAAACUCAUUCUGUGAAGCCACAGUCAACUUGCUAUCUAAACCACACAAAGACCCUACAAAAAAGAGAACUUCAGACCUAUCUCUCUUAUGACCAUUGAUUCAAAUAUACUCAAUAAAGUACAAACCCAAUCCAAUAACACAUAAUAGAUAUCAUCCACCAUGGCCAAGUAGGCUUCAUCCCAGGCAUGUAGGGUAGUUCAAUAUACAGAAAACCUAUUAAUGUAAUCCACCACAUAAACAAACAGAAGGAAAAAAAACCCACAUGAUCAUCUCAUUAGGUGCCAAAAAAGCAUUUGACAAAAUCCAACACCCAUUCAUGUUUAAAGUUUUGGAGAGAUCAGGGAUACAAGGCAUAUACCUAAACAUAGUAAAGGCAAUAUACAGCAAGCCUAUAGCCAACAUCAAACUAAAUGGAGAGAAACUUAAAUCAAUCCUGAUGUAAUCAGGGACAAGGCAAUGAUGCCCACUCUCUCCAUAUCUCUUCAACAUAGUACUUGGAGUCCUAGUUAGAACAAUAAGACAACCAAAGGAUAUCGAGGGAAUACAAAUUGGAAAGGAAGAAGUCAAAGUAUCACUAUUGGCAGAUGAUAUGCUAGUACAGAUGAGUGACCCCAAAAAUUCUACCAGAGAACUCCGUCAGCUGAUAAACACCUUCAGCAAAGUGGCUGGAUCAAAAUUAACCAAAAAUAAAUAAAUAAAUAAAUAAAUAAAUAAAAUCAGUAGCCCUCCUGUAUACAAAAGACAAAAGGGCUGAGAAAGAAAUUAGGGAAACAACAGCCUUUACAUAAGCAAAUAACGUAAAGUACCUUGGUGUGACUCCAGGCAAGUGAAAGACCUGUAUGAAAAACAAAAGCAAACAAACAACAAAAAAAAACCCUUCCAGUCUCCGAAGAGAGAAAUUGAAGAAGAUAUCAGAAGAUGGAAAGAUCUCCCAUGCUCAUGAAUCAGUAGGAUUAACAUAAUGAAAAUGACCAUCCUACCAAAAGCAAUCCACAGAUCCAAUGCAGUUCCCAUCAAAAUACCAACACAAUUCUUUACAGAACUUAAAAGAAUAAUUCUCAAUUUCAUAUAGAAAAAUAAAACAAAAGAAACCGCCCCCCCCCAGAAUUGUUAAAACAAUCCUGUACAAUAACAGAUCCUCUGGAGGUAUUUCCAUCCCUGAUCUCAAACUGUACUGUAGAGCCACAGUAAUAAAAAAUGCAUGGUACUGGCAGAGAAAUAGUCUGGAGGAUCAAUGGAAUCGAAUAGGAGACCCAGAAAUAAACCUACACAUCUAUGGAUACUUGAAUUUUUGACAAAGAGGCCAAAAUAAUACAAUGGAAAAAAGAUAGCAUCUUCAACAAAUAGUGCUGGUCUAAAUGGAUGUCUUCAUGUAGAAAAAUGCAAAUAGAUCCAUGUUUAUCACCCUGCACAAAACUACAGUCCAAGUGGAUCAAAGACCUUAACAUAAAACCAGACACACUAAACCUGUUAGAAGAAAAAGUGGGGAAGAGUCUUGAACUCAUUGGCACAGGAGAUAACUUCCUGAUCAGAACACCAACAGCACCGGCUCUAAGAUCAACAAUCAAUAAAUGGGACCUCAUGAAACCGAAAAGCUUUGGUAGAGCAAAGGACACUGCCAUUAGAACAAAACGACAGUCUACAGAUUGGGAAAGGAUCUUCAACAGCCCUAUAUCUGACAGAGGGCUAAUAUCUACAAUAUAUAAAGAGCUCAAGAAGUUAAACAUCAACAAGCCAAGUGAUCCAAUUAAAAAAUGGGGUUCAGAGCUAAACAGAAUUCUCAAUAGAGAAAUAUCGAAUGGUAGAGAAACACUUAAAGAAAUGUUCAACGUCCUUAGUCAUCAGGGUGAUGCAAAUCAAAACGACCCUGAGAUUUUACCUUACACCCAUUAGAAUGGCUAAGAUCAAAAACAAGUGACAGCACAUGCUGGAGCGGAUGUGGAGAAAGAGGAACCCUCCUCCAUUGCUGGUGGGAAUGUAAACUUGUACAAUCACUUUGCAAAUCAAUCUGGCACUUUCUCAGAAAAAUAUGAUAGUGCUUCCUCAAGAUCCAGCUAUACCACUCCUGGACAUAUAACUGAAAGAUGCUCAAGUAUACAACAAGGACAUUUGCUCAGCCAUGUUUAUAGCAGCUUUGUUCAUAAUAGCCAGAAUAUGGAAACAACCUAGAUGUCCCUCAACAGAGGAAUGGGUACAGAAAUUGUGAUACCUUUAUACAAUGGAGUACUACUCAGCUAUUAAAAACAAGGAAAUCAUGAAAUUUUCAGGCAAAUGGUGGGAACUAGAAAAGAUCAUCUUGAGUGAGGUAACCCAGAACCAGAAAGACAUACAUGAUAUAUAUACUCACUCAUAAGUGGUUAUUAGAAAUAUAAUAUAGGAUAAACAUACUAACAUCUAUAGUCCUAAAGAAGCUAAACAACAAGGAAGACCCUAGGAAACAUACUCAAUACUCAUUCAGAAGGGCAAAUGCGAUAGACAUCGGAAGCAGGAGAAGACAGGGAACAAGACAGGAGCCUACAACAGAGGGCCUCGGAAAGACUCUAUUGAGGCUGAGACUCAGUCAAGCUUUGGGCAGAGUGCAUGGAAUUUUAUAAAAGAUAGGGGACAGGAUCUCCAAAAGGAGACUAACAGAGCCAAAGAAACAAAAGAAAACAAAACAAAGGACUGGUCCCUGGGGGCCCUGCAGAGACUGAUACCCCAAUCAAGGACAAUGCAUGGAGAGGACCUAAAACCCCUGCUCAGAUGUAGCCCACAGACUGAGUCUCCAAGUGGGUUCCUAAAUAAGGGGAGCAGGGGCUUUCUCUGGCAUGAACUCAGUGGCUGGCUCUUUGAUCACCUCCCUUUGGGGAGGGAGCAGCCUUACCAGGCCACAGAGGAAGAUGAUGCAGCAAGCCUUGAUGAGACCUGAUAGAAUAAGAUCAGAUAGAAAGGGAGGAGGUCCUCUCCUAUCAGGUGACUAGGGAAUGGGCAUGGGGGAAGAAGAGAGAGGGAAGGAAGGAAGAAAGGAGGGAAGGGGCCACAGCUGAGAUAUGAAGUAAAUAAAUUGCAAUAAAUAAUAAAUUAAAAAUUAAAAGCUAUCAUUAGCUUACAAGAGAAAGUAUGCAAUAUUUGUCUUUUGGAAUCUGGAUUACCUCACUCUGGGGGAUUGUUUUUAGUUACACCUAUUUACCUUCAAUUUUCAAAAUGUCAUAGUUAUUAACAGCUGAAUAGUAUCAAUUGUGUAAAUGUACUGUGUUUUUGCUAUACAUCUGUUAAUGGACAUCUAGGCUGUUUUUAUUUCUCGCUAUUAUGAAUAAAGCAGAAGUGAACAUGAAUGAACAAGUAUCUCUAUAGUAAAAUGUAAAGUCCUUUGAGUAUAUGCCCAAGAGUUAUAAAGCUGGAUUUUGAGGUAGGUAGAUUUUAAACUUUUCUUUUGAAUGUGAACACUGAUUUGUACUGGUAGUACCAGUUUGCUCUCCCACCAGCAGUGAAUAGUUGUUUUCUGUUUGCAACAUCCUCAUCAACAUGUGAUGUUGUUUGUUUUAUUGAUUUUAGCUAUUUUUGACUAGGUGAAAUCUCAAAGUAGUUUUAAUUUGCAUUUUCUGAUGGUUAAAGAUGGCUAAUAUUUUGUUUGUUUGUUUGGGACAGGGUUUCUCUGUAUAACUUUGUCUGUCCUGGAUUCUUUGUAGACAGGCUGGUCUAGAACUCAUGGAAAUCCACCUAACUCUGCCUCCAAGUGCUGGGAUUAAAGGCCUGGAUGGACUAACAUUUUUUAGGUGUUUUUUUUUUUCAGCGAUUUGUGUAAUCUUUUAAGUAUUCUGUUAAGUUAUUUUAAAGUCCUUAUCUGCCUCAGGGCGUGGCUGCCAUACCCUGCCCUCUCCCUAAGGGCUAUCACUGGCACACCAGAGAAAAGGUUGUAGAGGACAGGAUAUUAAAUGUAGCAGUUCAGGGCUCAGAGGCAUGGAGAUUAGGAGCCCUGGCUGUUCUUCCAGAGGUCCUGAUUCAAUUCCCAGCAACCACAUGGUGGCUCAUAACGGUCUAUAAUAAGAUCUGGUGCCCUCUUAUGGCCUGCUGGCUUACAUGCAGGCAGAAUGAAUAAAUAAAUAAAUAAAUAAAUAAAUAAAUAAAUAAGGCAGCUUAUGUCAAGUGAAACAAACCAGACUUAAAUCUCAUGUAGUCUCGUGUGCAUAAUUUAUGUGAGUGCAUAUGUAGUGAUCAAAGCAGAAGGAGAUGACUAAUUGAGUGAAGGAAAGGAACCAAUGUGAGGAAAGAAGAGGAAAGAGGGCCCAUAAGAGUGAAAGAUAAAUAUGUAUAGAAAUCUCAUAGUGAAACUGAAAAAAAAAUAUUCCGUAAGAAUUUAUUCAUCCCCCAUAAUCUUCCUGGAUUUUACACUGAAGUUUCAAAUUACAACAUUCUGUCCUCAAACAUAGCUGCAAAGUUUGCACACCUUAACCUGUUUGAUUUUUGGUAAGGACUUCCUGAAACUGUUGUAUAAACAAAUAGCAAAUAUAGAAACAAGAUAAGUUAUACUGAGACUUAGUUACAAUAGUUACCAAAAGUUACUAUGGGCACACCUGCAGACUCCAUUCUUCACUGAGACUGAAUAGUUACAUAAAUCUAUAUAUUCUGCAAUAGAGCCAAUUUUCUGCUUGUGCAUUUUUCUGCAACUCGAAAAUCCUGGACUUCUUCCAUGGUAAGGCAUUUAAUUUAAUAGCAACAACAGAAACAAAAACCAACUUGUCUUCUGUCCCCUUGAGUGAAAGAUUAUGUGACUGUUAAUCUUCAGUCUGUCCUAGUUAAACAACUGCCUCUUCUGGCAACCUUCAUCCAGCCCUUCUGGUAGACAGCCAAGACAGUUUCCAUGGUGACUAUGUUGUUUCUACUGGACUGCCAUCACCCUUCAGAGGAGAAACUCAGGUCUGUCUGCCCGGCAAACGAUCAGACAGGUGCCAGCUCUCUACAUUUCUCUUCCUUUCCCUCUAAGAUCUAUGAUUUGGGUGUCCGCAGAAAAUCUCCAGAUCCUGAGGGUAUUUUGGGCAAGUGUAGCUUAUACCGUAGUUAAAUUGUUGAGUGUUUAUGUUUUACAUUUGCUUUGCAUUAAGUGUGACUUUUUUCGUCAAUCAUAGUAUCAUUUUCUAGGAUGUUUGCCAUACUGAUUCAAUAGUGUUUUUGAAAAAAUAUUAAUGAUAUUAAAUAAUUGCUUGGGGGGAGGGGCAAUCUCUCUUUUGUUAUAAUUUGCUUCUAGGAGAAAACAACAAACCUGGGAUUUUAGAGUUGCAAGACUAUUCAGAGCACAACUAAUUCAGUUCCUUAACUUGAGAUCCUAAGGGAAAAAUAUCUGGCUUCAUUUCUUCACAGCAAGUGGCUGGUAGAACUGUGUUUAGAAUCCUGGCCCACCCAUCUCAACUGUCAUUCUUUACCCACUACUGUACUUGGUAACUAAAUCUGAAAAGAGUACAGAGUGUUUUAAUCCUUAGGAGACCAAGAUGUCAAAUCCUAACAAAAAUGUCAUUACAGCAGAAAAGGAGGCUUUGAAUUUGAAAUUGCCCCCUAUUGUCUAUCCUCCAAAAGACCUAGGUGUUGACACACCAAAACAAAGUGCGCUGCUAAAUUAUAGACGGUCUAAGGAGCAGCAGAAGAAAAUCAAUCAAUUAGUAAUUGCUGGAGCUAAAAAAAAUCUAGACAAAGUCCUAGAGAAAAGAAUACCUUCAUUGCCAGAGCCUGACUUCCCUCCGACUAUGACCAGUGAUAUAAAAAAAAAAGGAUUAAACUACAUUUACAUGAAGCAGUGCGUGGAGAGCAGCCCUAUAGUACCUAUUCAGCCAGAGUGGCUGGACCACAUGUUAAUGCUGAUACCUGAGCAUUUAAAGGAAGGGGAAAAGAGAGGAGAACUGCUUGGAAGUCUCGUAAAUGAGGUGUCAAAUGACUUUGAAAAAAGCAUGAAAAGAUAUUUAGUACAGAGCGUUCUUGUGAAGCCUUCAGUAAACUGGCUUGAAGAUGAAGGCGGCCCUUUGCCCGAAUCUCCUGAAGGACUAGAUUAUUCCAAUCCUUGGCAUUCUAGCUUUGUGCAGGCAAGAAGUCAAAUAUUAUCUAAUUUACACAUUGUUCACCCAACUAUGAAAGCAUUACUGGAGCUUGGUUAUACAACAUUUGCUGACAUGAUUUUGCUGGAAUUAACAGGAAUUAGAGCAAAAGGCCCAAUUGAUUGUGAAGCACUGAGAAAUGAUCUAUCAAUUCAAGCUAAAAAUGCUGAAAAGAAGAUCAUGAAUACUUGGUACCCAAAAGUUAUAAAUCUGUUUACUAAGAAGGAGGCACUGGAAGGCAUUAAGCCUGAAAAGUUGGAUUCCUUUUAUAACUGCGUCUCCAUACUUAUGUCCAAUCAGCUAAAGGAUCUCUUAUGGAGAACUGUAGAAGAAUUUGUAAAACUCUUUGAUCCGAGAUACCAAGAAAGGCUUCCAAUAUUUAAGAUGGAAUUGACGUUUGAUGAAGAUAAAAUCGAGUUUUAUCCCACCUUUCAAGAUUUGGAAGACAUUGUUUUGGGUUUGAUAGAGCGAAUAUCUGAAGCGCUGCAGAAUGUCCCAACAGUAUCUUCUUGGCUGUCAGGAGCUUCAGCACCUGUCAAUGUUGACACAGAACUUCCAGAACAUGUGUUACAGUGGGCUCUUGGUACGCUGAAGACAGCAGUAACUCGGAACUUAGAGGGUGCAAAAGCACAUUAUGAUUCAUAUGUUGAAAAGUAUAACUGGCUUCUUGAUGGGACAGCAGUGAAGAGUAUAGAAGCUUUCCAGAAAAACAACCAUACUUUUGAUGAAUACACGGAGUUUAUAGAAAAAUUUUUCAGUCUUGCUUCAGAAAUAAUGCUUUUGCCUCAAUGGGUUCAUUUUCCUAUGGUUCGUUUGGACUGUGAAGACUUGAAGACAGGCUUGACAAAUAAAGCAAGAGCCUUUGCAAACAAAUUAUUAAGUGACAUAGCUUCAAAACAUAGAAAAGAAAAUGAAUCUAUUUGCAGUGAGUUUGAAUCAAUUAAAGAACAUGCUCUCCGAGUUCCUGAGACAACAGAAGAAAUGAUGGAGCAAAUCGCUUUUGUAGAAAAAGCUCGAACUAAAGGAAUUUGUCAGUUGGCUGAAAGGAUCCAGGAAUCUAAACGUCAAAUGAGUUACUUCUUAGAUGUUUUUCUAUAUCCUCAAGAAGACUUAAAUUUAAAUGCAACUGUCCUCAUGUGGCCUACAAAAAUUAACCCUGUUUUUGAUGAAAAUGAUGAACUCAUUGAGAAUGCUAAACAUAUGAAAGAAAAUGAACUAGUAGCCAAGAGAGAAAAACUGAUUUUGGAAAUAGAAAAGGAAUCGCGGCGCAUGGAAGAGUUCACAGAAUUUGCAGAACUGGAGCGCAUGCAGCAGUAUGUGACAGAUGUGAGACAGCUACAGAAACGUAUCCAGGAAUCAGAAGAGGCAGUUCAGUUUAUCAACAAAGAAGAGGAGCUUUUCAAAUGGGAAUUGACAAAGUAUCCUGAACUGGAGAAAUUAAAAGUCAACAUUGAGCCCUACCAGAAGUUUUUUAAUUUUGUUUUGAAGUGGCAGCGAACGGAAAAACGGUGGAUGGAUGGAGGGUUUUUGGACCUUAAUGGGGAAAGCAUGGAAGCUGAUGUAGAAGAGUUUUCCCGAGAAAUUUUUAAGACACUGAAAUUUUUCCAAACCAAGCAAAAGAAAGAAUUACAAGAAAAAAGAAAGGCAGCAAGAAAACGAUCUUUGGUAGAAGAGAAACCUGAAGAAGAACCAAAAGAAAAUCCUACAAUUACUAUGUGUAAUACAGUAAUGGAGCAGAUAAAGGUUUUUAAGGAGUAUAUCCCUACUGUCUCCAUCCUGUGCAAUCCAGGAAUGAGAGCUCGUCACUGGAAACAGAUGUCAGAAAUUGUGGGCUAUGACUUAACUCCAGAUUCUGGAACUACACUGAGAAAAGUUUUAAAAUUAAACCUUACACCAUAUUUAGAAAAAUUUGAAGUUAUAAGUGCUGGUGCAAGUAAGGAAUUUUCUUUAGAGAGGGCUAUGAAUGCUAUGAUAGCAACUUGGGAUGAUAUUUCUUUUCAUAUAAGUCUAUAUCGUGACACUGGAGUCUGUAUCCUUUCUUCAGUGGAUGAGAUUCAGGCAAUUCUUGAUGAUCAAAUUAUAAAAACUCAGACGAUGAGAGGCUCACCUUUUAUCAAACCAUUUGAAAAUGAGAUCAAGGCCUGGGAGGACCGUCUGAUUCGGAUACAAGAAACAAUCGAUGAGUGGUUAAAAGUGCAAGCUCAGUGGCUGUACUUGGAGCCCAUCUUUUGUUCUGAGGAUAUCAUGCAGCAGAUGCCGGAGGAAGGACGUCAGUUUCAGACAGUAGACAGGCACUGGAGGGAUAUCAUGAGGUUUUGUGCUAAAGACCCAAAGGUUCUUGCUGCUACCUCUUUAACAGGCUUAUUGGAAAAGCUACUGAAUUGCAAUGACCUUUUGGAAAAAAUAAUGAAAGGACUGAAUGCAUAUCUUGAAAAAAAGCGACUUUUCUUCCCUCGCUUUUUCUUUUUAUCUAAUGAUGAAAUGUUAGAGAUUUUGUCAGAGACCAAAGAUCCACUCAGAGUUCAGCCACACUUAAAAAAGUGCUUUGAGGGCAUUGCCAAAUUGGAGUUCCUGCCUAAUCUGGAUAUUAAAGCCAUGUACAGCUCUGAGGGUGAGCGAGUGGAGCUGAUUGCACUCAUUUCCACAUCUGCAGCGAGGGGUGCUGUAGAGAAAUGGCUCAUUCAGGUCGAAGAUCUAAUGCUCAGGAGUAUUCACGACGUGAUUGCUGCAUCCAGGCUGGCUUAUCCAGAAUCUGCGAGAAAGGACUGGGUGAGAGAGUGGCCUGGCCAGGUUGUUCUCUGUGUUUCUCAGAUGUUCUGGACUUCCGAGACCCAGGAAGUUAUCAGUGGAGGACCAGAGGGACUAAAGAAGUACUACCAGGAGCUCCAGUAUCAACUAAAUGAUAUCGUAGAGCUGGUGAGAGGGAAAUUGUCUAAACAGACCAGAACCACACUGGGAGCCUUGGUUACGAUUGAUGUCCACGCUAGGGAUGUUGUCAUGGACAUGAUUGAGAUAGGUGUCUCACAUGAUACAGAUUUCCAGUGGCUUGCUCAACUUCGUUAUUACUGGGAAUAUGAGAAUGCGCGAGUUCGUAUCAUUAAUUGCAACGUAAAAUAUGCUUAUGAGUAUCUUGGUAACUCACCUCGACUUGUCAUAACUCCUCUAACUGACAGAUGUUAUAGAACAUUGAUAGGUGCUUUCUAUUUAAACCUUGGUGGUGCUCCAGAAGGGCCAGCAGGCACAGGGAAAACUGAAACCACCAAGGACCUGGCUAAAGCUCUUGCCGUACAGUGUGUAGUAUUCAACUGCUCCGAUGGGCUGGACUAUCUAGCAAUGGGAAAGUUUUUCAAAGGGCUGGCUUCUUCCGGUGCUUGGGCUUGCUUUGAUGAAUUCAAUCGAAUUGAGCUGGAAGUGUUAUCAGUGGUGGCACAGCAGAUUCUUUGCAUUCAGAGAGCCAUUCAACAGAAACUGGAUGUCUUCAUUUUUGAAGGGACAGAGCUUAAGCUCAACCCAAACUGUUUUGUAGCUAUUACCAUGAAUCCCGGCUAUGCAGGACGUUCUGAACUGCCAGACAACCUCAAGGUUCUUUUUAGAACAGUAGCUAUGAUGGUUCCAAACUAUGCCCUCAUAGCAGAAAUCUCCCUCUACUCCUAUGGAUUUUUGAAUGCAAAACCUCUGUCUGUGAAAAUAGUAAUGACCUACAGGCUUUGCUCAGAGCAGCUGUCAUCACAGUUUCAUUAUGACUAUGGAAUGCGAGCAGUGAAAGCCGUUUUAGUGGCAGCUGGAAAUCUGAAACUAAAAUACCCCCUUGAAAAUGAGGAUAUACUGCUCCUUCGAUCAAUCAAAGAUGUAAAUGAGCCAAAGUUUCUAUCCCACGACAUACCUUUAUUCAAUGGGAUAACUAGUGACUUAUUUCCUGGUAUUAGGCUUCCUGAAGCUGACUACAAGGAAUUUUUGGAAUGUGCAUAUGAAACCUGCCAAGAACAUAAUCUUCAGCCUGUUAAAUUUUUUCUUGAAAAAAUUAUUCAGACAUAUGAAAUGAUGAUUGUUCGACACGGUUUUAUGUUGGUAGGAGAGCCUUUUGCUGCUAAGACAAAAGUUCUGCAUGUGCUAGCUGAUAUUUUAACGCUUAUGAAUGAACGCAACUAUGGAGAGGAAGAAAAAGUCAUGUAUAGGACAGUAAACCCAAAAUCAAUUACUAUGGGCCAACUCUUUGGGCAGUUUGAUCCAGUGUCUCAUGAGUGGACGGAUGGUAUUGUGGCAAAUACAUUUAGAGAAUUUGCCUUAGCAGAAUCACCUGACCGGAAAUGGGUUGUAUUUGAUGGUCCUAUUGACACUUUGUGGAUAGAAAGUAUGAAUACAGUAUUGGAUGAUAAUAAAAAGCUUUGCCUUAUGAGUGGAGAAAUCAUUCAAAUGUCCCCUCAAAUGAGCCUCAUCUUUGAAACAAUGGACCUUUCACAGGCUUCGCCAGCCACUGUGAGUCGUUGUGGCAUGAUUUAUUUGGAACCUUCACAGUUAGGAUGGGAACCACUUGUGGCUUCAUGGUUGAAUUCACUGAAACCACCUCUAAGUGAAUCAGAACAUCAAACUCUGCUGAAAGAGCUUUUCCAGUGGCUAGUACCACCGUCUUUAGUAUUCCGUAGGAAAAAAUGCAAGGAACUGAUUCCUACGAGUAACAUCAAUGCAGUUGUAUCUCUCACACGCCUCUUUGAGGUACUGCUCUGUAAUGUGCUGGAAAACGAGCCCACGAGCAAGCACACUCGUGUUUGGAUUAUGGCCUGCUUUGUAUUCUCUCUGAUUUGGUCAGUUGGAGCAAGUUGUGAUACAGAUGGUCGCCUUGCUUUUGAUGAUUUCAUAAGAACAAUUGUAGCAGGGAAAAAUGAAAAACAACCAAUGCCAGUGUCUUUGGAAAAAUGGGAAUGCCCAUUUGAAGAAAAGGGCCUGGUCUAUGACUACAUGUAUGAGUUGAAGAACCGAGGUCGCUGGCUCCAUUGGAAUGAAUUAAUUAAAAGUUCUUCUUUAGAAGACAAACGUACCAAGAUUCAAGAUAUUAUAGUCCCUACAAUGGACACAAUUAGAUAUACUUUCCUAAUGGAUUUGAGUAUUACCUUUGCAAAGCCACUGCUUUUUGUGGGUCCAACUGGCACAGGAAAGUCCGUGUACGUGAAGGAUAAACUCAUGAAUCAUUUGGAAAAGGACAAGUACUUUCCUUUCUACGUUAAUUUUUCUGCACGGACCAGUGCCAAUCAGGUUCAGAACAUCAUUAUGGCUAGAUUGGACAAAAGGCGCAAGGGAGUAUAUGGACCACCUAUGGGAAAGACAUGUAUAAUAUUUAUAGAUGACAUGAAUAUGCCUUCAUUGGAGAAAUAUGGAGCGCAACCUCCUAUUGAGUUAUUACGACAGUUUUUUGAUUGUGGACAUUGGUACGACCUGAAAGACACCAGUAAAAUCACACUGGUUGAUAUAGAACUGAUAUCUGCCAUGGGUCCUCCAGGUGGUGGAAGAAAUGCGGUCACUCCUCGUUUUAUUCGACAUUUCAACGUCUGCACUAUCAAUACUUUCAGUGAUGAGACUAUGGUCCGAAUUUUCUCAUCAAUCAUGUCAUUCUACCUUAGGUCUCAUGAAUUUUCUCCAGAGUACUUUGCACUGGGAAACCAAAUAGUCAGUGGGACUAUGGAGAUAUAUAAGAAAUCUAUGGAAAAUCUUUUACCCACUCCCGCAAAAUCGCAUUAUACUUUUAAUUUGCGUGAUUUCUCGCGUGUCAUCCGGGGCUGCUUGCUCAUUGAGAAAGACGCGAUAGAGACCAAGCACACCAUGAUCCGCCUGUUCGUGCAUGAGGUUCUCCGCGUGUUUUACGAUCGCCUCAUUAACGAUGAAGAUCGAAACUGGCUCUUCGUGUUAACUAAAGCUGUCGUGAAGGACCAUUUUAAGGAGCCAUUUGAUGCUGUCUUUUUUCAUCUGCGGAAAGAGAAUGCUCCAGUAACUGAAGAAGACUUAAGAAAUCUCAUGUUUGGAGAUUAUAUAAAUCCUGAUCUCGAAGGGGAGGAUCGAAUUUAUAUUGAAAUUCCAAAUAUUCAGCAGUUUAAUGAUGUUGUUGACCAGUGUUUGGAUGAGUAUAAUCAAACCCACAAAAGAAGAAUGAAUCUUGUUGUGUUUAGGUAUGUUUUGGAACAUUUAUCGAGAAUAUGCCGCAUUCUAAAGCAGUCUGGAGGAAACGCUUUGCUUAUUGGGCUUGGAGGGAGUGGUCGGCAGUCUUUAACUCGUCUGGCUACAUCUAUGGCAAAGAUGCAGAUUUUCCAACCAGAGAUUUCUAAGAGUUACGGUAUGAACGAGUGGAGAGAGGAUAUGAAGACCUUGCUGAGAAAUGUAGGCAUGAAAGGCCAGAAGACCGUCUUUCUGAUCACAGACACUCAGAUCAAAGAGGAGGCCUUUCUGGAGGACAUCGACAGCGUGCUCAACACUGGGGAAGUCCCUAACAUUUUCGCAGCGGAUGAGAAGCAGGAAGUCAUGGAGGGCGUUCGUCCAGUAGCUCAGGCUGGCAACAAACAUGGUGAACUCAGCCCCUUAGCCCUGUUCGCUUUCUUCGUAAAUCGCUGCAAAGAUAAUCUGCACAUCGUGGUGGCCUUCAGCCCUAUAGGAGAUGCCUUUCGCAAUCGUCUGAGACAGUUUCCAUCUCUCAUCAAUUGUUGUACUAUUGACUGGUUUCAGCCAUGGCCUGAGGAUGCUCUUGAGCGUGUAGCUGUGAGUUUCUUAGAAACCCUGGCGCUUACUGAGGCUGAGCGACAAGAGAUAGUCCCGAUCUGUAAACACUUUCACACUUCCAUUAUGGACCUUUCAAAAAGGUUUUUAGAAGACUUAGGACGACAUAACUAUGUUACCGCUACUUCUUAUCUUGAACUUAUUGGCUCAUUUCGGCAGCUUUUGACUAAGAAACGUCAGGCUGUCAUGGAAGCAAAACAACGCUAUGUGAAUGGACUUGACCAGUUAGCUUUUGCUGAGUCUCAGGUUGGCGAAAUGAAACUGGAGCUUGUUGAGUUACAGCCCAAAUUGGAGGAGGCAAAGAUUGAAAACGCACGUAUGAUGCAGGUUAUUGAGAUAGAAUCUGCACAAGUAGAAGCAAAAAGAAAGUUUGUGAAGUUAGAUGAAGAGAUAGCCAGUGGGAAGGCCGAAGAGGCCCAAGCCCUGAAAAAUGAGUGUGAAAGUGACCUUGCUGAGGCGAUUCCAGCGUUGGAGGCAGCUCUGUCUGCACUGGACACACUUAAGGAAACUGAUGUUACAAUUGUAAAAUCAAUGAAGAAUCCUCCGGCUGGUGUUAAACUAGUUAUGGCUGCUAUUUGUGUCAUGAAAGAUAUAAAACCAGAGAAAAUUUCAGAUCCUUCAGGAACUGGAGGCAAGAUACUCGAUUACUGGGGACCUAGCAAAAAAGUUCUGGGAGAUAUGAAUUUCUUAAGAGAUUUGAAAGAGUAUGACAAGGACAAUAUUCCAGUGGCUGUGAUGCAGAAGAUCCGUAGUGAAUACUUGACAAACCCCGAGUUUGACCCCCCUAAGGUCGCUAAAGCCUCUUCUGCAGCCGAGGGUCUGUGCAAGUGGAUAAUGGCUAUGGAAGUGUAUGACAGAGUUGCAAAGGUUGUGGCUCCUAAGAAAGCUCGCUUGGCAGAAGCACAGAAGUCCUUGGCUGAGACCAUGGAGCUUUUGAAUCAGAAGAGAGCAGAACUGGCGGAGGUAGAGCAUCACUUGGAAAAUUUAGAAAGGAUUUUUCAAGAGAAGACAGAGGAAAAGGCAGCUUUGGAAGACCAGGUGGAGCUGUGUGCUAAGAAGCUUGAAAGAGCCUCAAAACUGAUAGGAGGGCUAGGAGGAGAGAAAUCAAGAUGGUCUCAAGCUGCAAAUGACCUUCAAAUAACAUAUGAAAACCUAACUGGUGAUGUCUUAGUAUCAGCAGGUGUAAUAGCUUACCUUGGUGCUUUCACAUCUGGAUUUCGACAAGAAUGUACAGAAGAUUGGAGUAAGUUAUGCAAGGAGAAAAAAAUACCAUGUUCUGAAGAGUUCUCAUUGAGCAAAACUUUGGGAGAUCCAGUAAAAAUUAGAGCUUGGAAUAUUGCUGGGCUACCAACAGACGCAUUCUCCAUAGACAAUGGUGUGAUUGUUAAUAAUUCUAGGCGAUGGCCUUUAAUGAUUGACCCCCAGGGCCAAGCCAAUAAGUGGAUCAAAAACUCUGAGAAAGACAAUCAGCUUAAUGUUAUUAAGCUGUCAGACACAGACUACAUGAGGACACUGGAAAACUGCAUACAAUUUGGAACUCCACUUCUUCUGGAAAACGUCGGUGAAGAUCUGGAUCCCUCUUUGGAGCCUUUGUUACUUAGACAAACUUUUAAACAAGGUGGUAUUGAUUGCAUUCGACUUGGUGAAGUCAUUAUUGAAUAUUCUUUUGAUUUCAAAUUUUAUAUAACCACAAAACUGAGAAAUCCACACUACAUGCCAGAACUAGCUACAAAAGUGUCUUUGCUCAAUUUCAUGAUAACUCCAGAAGGGCUUGAAGAUCAAUUACUAGGCAUUGUUGUUGCAAAGGAAAGACCAGAAUUAGAGGAGGAGCGAAAUGUUCUUAUUCUUCAGUCUGCAGCUAACAAGAAGCAGCUAAAAGACAUAGAGACAAGAAUUUUAGAGACAUUAUCAUCUUCAGAAGGGAACAUUUUGGAAGAUGAAAGUGCAAUAAAAGUCUUAGACUCUGCCAAAAUAAUGUCUAAUGAGAUAACAAAGAAACAGCAGGUUGCAGAAAAAACAGAACUCAAAAUAGCAGAAUCCCGAGAAGGCUAUAGACCCAUUGCUAAACAUUCAUCAGUGUUGUUCUUCAGCAUUGCAGACCUGGCUAACAUUGAUCCCAUGUACCAAUACUCUCUCAUCUGGUUUGUGAACCUUUAUAUCAACUCUAUUCAUGAUAGUAACAAAUCCAAAAUUUUGGAGAAACGCCUGCGAUAUUUAAAUGAUCACUUCACGUACAAUUUAUACUGUAACAUAUGCCGAUCGUUGUUCGAGAAGGACAAGCUGCUCUUCUCCUUUUUGCUAUGUGCUAACCUUCUCCUGGCCAAGAAAGAGAUUGAAUACCAGGAACUGAUGUUUCUUUUAACUGGAGGAGUGAGUCUUAAGAGUGCUGAAAAAAAUCCUGAUCCAGACUGGCUGCAGGAUAAAAGCUGGGAGGAGAUUUGUCGAGCAAGUGAACUGCCUGUCUUCCAAGGACUCAGGGAGCAUUUUUGUCAACACAUAGAGGAGUGGCGGGAAAUCUACGACAGCAAAGAUCCACACAAUAUGAAAUUUCCAGAGCCAAUGGAUAAGACGCUGAAUGAACUACAGAAAAUAAUAGUUCUUCGGUGUUUAAGGCCUGAUAAGAUAACCCCAGCUAUAACAAAUUAUGUAACUGACAAGCUAGGAAAGAAAUUUGUAGAACCUCCACCAUUUGACCUGACAAAGAGUUAUUUGGAUUCAAAUUGUACAAUUCCCUUAAUUUUUGUGCUGUCUCCGGGAGCAGAUCCUAUGGCCAGCCUGCUGAAAUUUGCCAAUGAUAAAGCCAUGUCUGGAAAUAAAUUUCAAGCUAUUUCACUGGGGCAAGGACAAGGACCAGUUGCAUCAAAAAUGAUUAAAGAGGCAGUAGAAGAAGGAACUUGGGUUUGUCUACAGAACUGUCACCUUGCUGUCUCCUGGAUGCCCACACUGGAAAAAAUAUGUGAAGAUUUUUCACCUGAACUCUGCAAUCCAAACUUCAGGCUUUGGCUCACAAGCUACCCAUCUCCAAAAUUUCCAGUGACAAUUCUGCAGAAUGGAGUCAAAAUGACUAACGAACCUCCCACGGGCCUUCGGCUAAAUCUCCUCCAGUCAUAUCUCUCUGAUCCAAUUUCUGACCCUAAUUUUUUCAGGGGAUGCCAUGGCAAAGAACUGGUAUGGGAGAAGUUGCUUUUUGGAGUUUGUUUUUUUCAUGCCCUUGUUCAAGAGAGAAAGAAAUUCGGUCCUCUGGGUUGGAAUAUUCCAUAUGGAUUUAAUGAGUCAGACCUACGCAUCAGUAUCCGUCAACUGCAGUUGUUUAUAAAUGAAUACGACAUAAUCCCAUUUGAAGCUAUCUCUUACCUGACUGGGGAGUGUAACUAUGGAGGAAGAGUGACAGAUGACUGGGACAGACGCCUCCUGCUAACCAUGCUGGCUGACUUCUAUAACCCAUCCAUUAUUGAAAACCCCCAUUACAAGUUUUCUCCCAGUGGGAACUAUUAUGCGCCACCCAGAGGGUCUUAUGAGGACUACAUUGAAUUCAUUAAGAAACUUCCAUUUACUCAAGAACCAGAGAUAUUCGGAUUACAUGAAAAUGUUGACAUCUCCAAAGAUCUUCAACAAACAAAAAUCCUUUUUGAGUCCUUGCUCCUCACACAAGGAGGCUCCAAACAGACAGGCUCCUCGGGAAGCACUGACCAGGUCUUGUUAGAGAUCACCCAAGACAUCCUCGAGGAGCUCCCAGAUGACUUUGACAUUGAGGCAGCACUGAUUACUUAUCCUGUGAGAUAUGAAGAGAGCAUGAAUACUGUGCUAGUGCAAGAAAUGGAACGGUUUAACAACUUAAUUAAAACUAUCCGUAACACCCUCCGGGACCUUAAGAAGGCUAUUAAAGGGGUAGUUGUGAUGGACUCUGCGCUGGAAGCACUUUCAAGCAGCUUGCUUAUUGGGAAGGUCCCAGAAGCAUGGGCAGCGCGAUCCUACCCAAGUCUGAAGCCCCUUGGAAGUUACAUCACAGAUUUCCUAGCACGGCUGAACUUUUUAGAGGAGUGGUUCAUUAUGGGGAAACCGAAUGUGUUUUGGAUCUCUGGUUUCUUUUUCACCCAAGCCUUUUUAACCGGAGCUAUGCAGAAUUAUGCCAGAAAAUACACCAUCCCUAUUGAUUUACUAGGCUACGAAUUUGAGGUGAUUUCUUCUGAUAUCGCUAACAAUUCACCAGAAGAUGGCGUCUAUAUUCACGGCUUAUAUCUUGAUGGAGCGCGGUGGAACAGGACCACUGGAUUGCUUGCUGAACAACAUCCCAAACUUUUGUUUGACCUGAUGCCCAUCAUAUGGAUAAAACCAAAUAAAAAGUCUGAGAUUGUGAAGUCCAAUGCCUAUAACUGUCCCCUGUACAAGACAAGUGAGCGCAAAGGGACGCUUUCUACUACUGGACACUCCACCAACUUCGUCAUCGCCAUGCUGCUGAAAACAGACCAGCCCACUCAACACUGGGUCAAGCGCGGGGUGGCCUUGCUGUGCCAGCUGGACAACUAAACCGGACAAUUAAGAAAAUGAACGAUAUUUUUUUAAAAAAAGUUUCCAAACUGAA